AGUUCCGGUUCCGGCGUGAAGAUUUCCGUUUACUGUGUUCGGUUGUCGCAGUUGGUGGGCAGUAACUGAGCAAAGAUGCUGCGGAGUCUGCCGGUUCUUCGUCAGAUUGCCCAGAGGACCAUAAGCACUGCUUCACGGAGGCAUUUUGAAAAUAAAGUUCCAGAAAAACAAAAGCUGUUUCAGGAGGAUAAUGGAAUUCCAGUACAUCUAAAGGGUGGGGUAGGUGAUGCCCUCCUGUAUAGAGCAACCAUGAUUCUUACAGUUGGUGGAACAGCAUAUGCCAUAUAUCAGCUGGCUAUGGCUUCAUUUCCCAAGAAGCAGGCUUGACUUUGGUCAUCCCAGCAAUCAAUUGGUUCAUCUUCAUUCAGCUCUAUGGACCAGUAAUGUGAUAAAUAACUGAGCUUUUUGGGGAUCAGUAUUUAUUGACUUGUACUAACUGCAACUAAUAAAGCAGUCUUUACCAUGCUUUGUCUGACUUUAUCACUUUAGAAUACAUUACACCAAUAAUUUCUGCUGUUGCUCAUCCUUGUAAAUCUUAGAUGAGGAGUGAAAAAAUGAUUUUUUUUGUCAUCAAGCUUGUAUAAAGCACCAUUAUUUUGAUAUUAUUUUACUGAAGUUUACUUUUAGCAGCUCAGAAGAAUACAGUGGGUGGUCUUCAAUUUCAAUUGAGCAUAACACUUGAAAGAAUGUUGCUUUCUCCUUUCUCUAUAUUCUGGGGUAUGAUAGAAACUGGGGGUAGUAGAAGUAGGUUAUUUUUGGCUUCUGGAGUUUGAGAUUUUUUUUUCUCCCUCAGCUGUGUGAGUGUGUUUAAAUAUUCAAUGUAUUCCACAGCUUAGAAUUAGGCUUUUAGUAGAGUGAGUGGCUGUAAAAUAAUUCAAUAUUACUUUUUUUCUCACUUGGGUUGGGCCUUUAUUAUGUUACUUUAAUUCAUAACAUAAAGUGUAAAAUGCUUAGGUCAUUUCUAAAAGUUAUCUUCUAGGGGAAUAUAGGGAGUCAAAUUUUGUUUUUCAUCUGCAUGGUGUACUUUGGGAUUGCUACAUGAAGAUUGGAAUCUAGCUUUGUCAAAUCUAGGGGAAAUUGAUGAGUAAGGGUUUUAUAAAGUUUAAUUUCUAGAUAAAAUUCACAAAAGUAUAUUUGGAAAAAUUGAGUCAAGUCUGAAGUAGCCAAGUUAAGCUUUUUGCUAUCAAAACAUUGAGGCUUAUGGUACAAAUUUCUCAAAAAGUAACCAAUUAAUGAUAUUUUAGCCUUGAACCCUGAAGGUUGUAAAGGAUCUUGGUGGCCAUAUUAUCUUACCUGCCAGCUUUUGAAGGGAGUGUAAUAAACAUUGUUAGACAUUUCUAAACGCUGAGAAAGUUCUUAAAAGUUGGUCUGGAAUCUGGUCCAGUUCAGUGCUCCAGAGCUCAAAACUACUGAUAAUGUUUUGAAACGAACUAUGUCAGCAUUGUACAAAGGAGAAUUUAGGUAACUUAUAAAUAUGAUGUAAAAUGCCUUUAUGACAUGAUGUGAAAGAUAGUUUUGUAGCAGAAAGGAAAAACAGCUUGAUGUCCUGUACAACUUUUAUCUCUCAAUAUUGUGAGAAGUGCUUUACUAUAUCUGGUGUAACCUAGUGAAACAAUGUAUGAAACAUUUCUGGUAAGUUUUUUAUGCCAAAAUGUUCUUUUUGGGCUAUGUUCAUGUGGUGGGAUUGGAUAAAUUAAAAUUAGGUUAAAUGUGUAAGGUACCUUAAAAAUUUUUUAAAUAAACUCUAAGAUUAACUACUUGCCCUUCACCCUAAAAUUCUGUAAGCAAGGGUGGAGUGUAGUGAUGUGGGUAAGAGGCAAGAUCCCAGAAGAGGGUUUGCUGGACAAGAAUCCCAUGAAAAUAUCUAAUGCUUUGUAAGUAUUCAGUAAGAGAUACUGUUAUUGAUAGAUUCAAAGACUAGCCUAAAGUCCAAGGAUAAGAGUCCUUAAGAAGUAUUGCAAUUGCAGCCUUUAGGUAAUCUUUACCCACAACACUAUCCUUUUUGAGAAUAGUAUGUUACUAAAUGGAAGAAAUUCCAUGAUCAUGCUAUACCAUUAAUAUAAACACCAUUGGAGAUCGAUUUAAGUGAAAUCUUGUUAUAAUUAUUAUUAUGUUCAAAAUUGCCUUUGUAGUCUGUAGCUGUUCUAGAUGAAGUUAUUAUUAAACUGGAUUUACAGAUGAAAAA